AUGGCGCGACGCCAGUGUGAGCACAUGGAUAUGUCAGUCCCACACUGUUUCUCUUUUCGACAGAGCUGCCUCGGUUAUCCCUUCAGCAUCUUCUUCAUCGUGGUCAACGAGUUCUGCGAGAGAUUCUCCUACUAUGGAAUGAGAGCGAUCCUGAUUCUGUACUUCACGAAUUUCAUCGGCUGGGGCGACAACCUGUCCACGGCCAUCUACCACACGUUCGUCGCUCUGUGCUACCUGACGCCUAUUCUCGGGGCUGUCAUCGCUGACUCGUGGCUGGGAAAGUUCAAGACAAUUGUGUCACUCUCCAUCGUCUACACGAUUGGACAAGUAGUCAUGGCGGUAAGCUCCAUCAAUGACCUCACGGACCACAACCAUGACGGGACCCCCGACAGCCUUCCCGUGCACGUGGUACUGUCCAUGAUCGGCCUCGCUCUCAUAGCUCUCGGGACCGGAGGAAUCAAGCCUUGCGUGUCUGCAUUUGGUGGAGACCAGUUUGAAGAAGCCCAGGAAAAACAAAGAAACAGAUUUUUUUCCAUCUUUUAUCUGGCCAUUAAUGCUGGAAGUUUGCUUUCUACAAUCAUCACUCCCACGCUCAGAGUUCAGCAAUGUGGAAUUCACAGUAAGCAGGCUUGUUACCCACUGGCGUUUGGGGUUCCUGCUGCUCUCAUGGCUGUAUCGCUCAUUGUAUUUGUCAUUGGCAGUGGAAUGUACAAGAAGUUUCAGCCACAGGGUAACAUCAUGGCUAAAGUGGUCAAGUGCAUUGGUUUUGCCAUCAAAAAUAGAUUUAGGCAUCGGAGUAAGAAAUUCCCCAAGAGGGAGCAUUGGCUGGAUUGGGCUAAAGAGAAAUAUGAUGAGCGGCUUGUCUCUCAAAUUAAGAUGGUUACGAGGGUGCUGUUCCUGUAUAUUCCACUCCCAAUGUUCUGGGCCUUGUUUGAUCAGCAGGGCUCCAGGUGGACACUUCAAGCGACAACUAUGAAUGGGAAAAUUGGAGCUAUUGAAAUUCAGCCAGAUCAGAUGCAGACUGUGAAUGCCAUCUUGAUUGUGAUAUUGGUUCCCAUUGUGGAUGCCGUGGUGUAUCCUCUGAUCGCAAAGUGUGGCUUCAAUUUCACCUCUUUGAGGAAGAUGACAGUUGGGAUGUUCCUGGCUUCCAUGGCUUUUGUGGUGGCUGCAAUUGUGCAGGUGGAAAUUGACAAAACUCUUCCAGUCUUCCCCAAAGGAAACGAAGUCCAAAUUAAAGUUUUGAAUAUAGGAGAUAGCAACAUGACUGUAUCUUUUCCUGGAAAGGACGUGACACUUGACCAACUGUCUCAAACAAAUGAAUUUAUGACUUUCACUGCAGACAAACUGACAAGUAUAAACAUUUCUUCUGCUGGAUCACCAGGCACUGCAGUAACUUAUGACUUUGAGCAGGGCCAUCGCCAUACUCUUCUGGUGUGGGCCCCCAGUCAGUACCGAGUGGUAAAAGAUGGCCUUAACGAGAAGCCGGAAAAAGGACAAAAUGGAAUCAGAUUUGUAAAUACUUUUAAUGAGGCCAUCAACAUCACAAUGAGUGGGAUAGUUUAUGAAAAUAUCACCAGUCACAAUGCCAGCGAAUAUCAGUUUUUUACUUCUGGCAUAAAAAGCUUCACAAUAAGCUCAACAGAGAUUUUACCACCGUGUUCACAUGAUUUCCAAUCUUCCAAACUUCAAUUUGGUAGUGCUUAUACCUAUGUAAUCAAAAGGCAGGACGAUGGCUGCGCCGAAGUGAAGGAAUUUGAAGAUAUUUCACCCAACACAGUUAACAUGGCUCUGCAAAUCCCGCAGUAUUUCCUUUUGACCUGUGGCGAGGUGGUCUUCUCUAUCACUGGACUGGAGUUUUCAUAUUCUCAGGCUCCUUCCAACAUGAAGUCGGUGCUGCAGGCAGGGUGGCUGCUGACAGUGGCUGUUGGCAACAUCAUUGUGCUCAUUGUGGCAGGGGUUGGCCAGAUCAGCAAACAGUGGGCCGAGUACAUUCUGUUUGCUGCGUUGCUUCUGGUCGUCUGUAUAAUAUUUGCUGUCAUGGCUCGAUUCUACACUUACGUCAAUCCAGCAGAGAUUGAAGCUCAGUUUGAUGAGGAUGAAAAGAAAAAGAGCCCAGAAAAGAUUAACCCGUAUUCCGUGGUGGGGUCCAUCUCCCAGACACAGAUGUGA